GCAAAAUAACCGAAACACCCUGGGGCAGUUCGAAAUUUCACCAUUUCCGUCUCUCCUCUCCGCUGAGUGCAAGGAAGAAGGAAGUGAGGACCGACCAUGGCCACCGGCGACAUGCGCCUCUCCAUCGCGCACCAGACCCGCUUCGGGCUACGCCUUGCCGCUGCACUCUCUUCCCCUUCCUCUUCCAGCAACACCGUCUUCUCCCCGCUGUCCCUCCACGUCGCGCUCAGCCUCCUCGCCGCCGGCGCGGGCGGCGCCACGCGCGACCAGCUGAUCGCCGCACUCGGGGGAGGAGAUGGGCCGGACGCGGCCGACAGCCUGCACGCGCUCGCCGAGAAGGUGGCGCAGCUCGUGCUCGCCGACGGGUCCGAGGCGGGCGGCCCGCGGGUCGCCUUCGGCAACGCCAUCUUCGUCGACGCGUCGUUGAAGCUGAAGCCGGCAUUUGAGAAGGUCGCCAUGGGAAAAUAUAAGGCUGAGACCCAGUCGGUCGACUUCCAGAAAAAGGCUGCACAAGUUGCGGGUCAAGUGAACUCAUGGGUAGAGAAGGUCACCUCAGGUCUAAUCAAAGAGCUUCUGCCACCAGGCUCUGUUGAUGGAACCACCAGGCUGGUUCUUGGCAAUGCACUCUAUUUCAAAGGAGCUUGGACUGAGAAGUUCGACGCAUCCAAAACGAGAGAUAGCGAGUUCCACCUUCUUGACGGGAGCUCAGUUCAAGCACCUUUUAUGUCCAGCACAGACGACCAGUAUAUUGCAUCUUACAGCGACUUUAAGGUGCUUAAGCUUCCAUACCAGCAAGGUGGGGACACGAGGCAGUUCUCCAUGUACAUAAUUCUUCCAGAAUUACAAGAUGGUCUCUGGAGCUUGGCUGAAAAGUUGAGCUCUGCACCUGAGUUCCUGGAGAAGCAUACCCCAAGGAGAACAAUUCCAGUUGGGCAGUUCAAAGUCCCCAAGUUCAAGAUAUCCUUUGGAUUUGAAGCAUCCGAUUUGCUAAGAGGUUUGGGACUCCAUCUGCCACUGAGUGCAGAAGCAGAUCUGUCAGAGUUGGUUGAUUUGCCAAUGGGACAGAACUUGUGUGUUUCAUCCAUUUUUCACAAGUCGUUUGUGGAAGUUAAUGAGGAAGGAACAGAGGCCGCAGCCGCAUCUGCUGUAAAGAUUGUGCUCUGUUCGUAUACAAUGCCUGUGGAUUUUGUCGCAGAUCACCCAUUCCUGUUCCUGAUCCGAGAAGACACCACUGGUGUGGUGCUGUUUGUUGGUCAUGUGGUCAAUCCCCUACUUGCUGCUUAGUGUGAUUGUUCUGAAGUCUGAACCGCCUCGUGUGUAAUCUGCUAUAUAUUUUGUGUCUGAAUAAAUAAGCGGCUUGAUCGAUGUAUGUAAGGUUGUGACUAUGCUGCACCGUGCUUCUGGAUGAAGAGAAAAUGCUGAUAUGCAAUCUUGAUGAUGAAUCA